AGUGACAGAAGACCCAGGAGUCGAGUACUUGGGCGCAUGCGGUAACCGUAUCUCAGCUCUCGCGAGUUUUCGUCUUCCCGGAAGCGUUGGAGGACGUUGCCUGUUGACUGCUUCGCGAUGUGUGGAGACUGUGUGGAGAAGGAAUAUCCCAACCGGGGUAACACUUGCCUGGAGAAUGGAUCUUUCUUGCUGAACUUUACAGGCUGCGCGGUGUGCAAUAAGCGUGAUUUUAUGCUGAUCACAAACAAAUCCUUGAAAGAAGAGGAUGGAGAAGAAAUAGUUACCUAUGACCCAGAUUUGUGUAAGAAUUGUCAUCAUGUAAUAGCCAGACAUGAGUAUACAUUCAGUAUCAUGGAUGAAUUUCAGGCUCUGCACAGUUGGAGGCUUUGAGAGUCCCUAUGAAUGACUGGGGGAAUUAUUUUCUCUUCUUGGCUGGUUUUGAUAAAAGGUGUCCUCAUCUCAUCAUAUUCCUGGCAGCACAGGGAGACGUGUUCCUGGCAUCCCAAGUUAGAAUUCUAGACAUAUUUUCCCACAGAAGCACUUCUAUAUAUGGCUAGAUUCUAUGGUACUUGAACAAUAUAAAUUUUAAAGGCUUGUGGAUUUUUCUGAGACCCUAACUGCCAUGUAUAACAUUACUUCUUUGGGAAAUUGCUUUUGAAUUCCAAAUAAUUGACUUGCAAUGAAAUUUGGGUUCCAGACUGCCUAUAAAAAUUACAGGUGUAAUCAGUCUCACUGAUUUAAAUAAUCUUGCCAGAUUAUCUAUUAGGUUUUUUUCCCCUACCAACUUAGGUUGCAAAUUUUGUAAAGUCAGACUUUGUUCUUUUCAUGUCUGCUAGCGCAUUGCAGAGCAUGUAGGCACUCAGGAUACAUUUGUCAAUGGCUAGAUUGGUUGAAAACUCAAGUACUUGUUUAGCCUCACACAUUUUCUGUUUUUGACUCUAUUACUUUUUUCCUCCUUCUUUUCCUAUAAAAGAUUGCCAUCCCAAUAGUAAUGUCUGGUGGGUUAAAGCUUUUUACUGCUUUCAUCCACCGGACAUUAAAGCAGUAGAAGUAUUUGACAGCAGUAAAAGGCCUUGAAGAGGAUGUAUUUUUAUUUUAUUUUUAAUUCAAAAAGCAAUCUUUCUGCUGCUGUAACUAAGCUCCCCUCCUGAACUCACCAGUAGAAGAUGGAAAAGGCAGUUGCCUGCUUCUGUUUCUUAGUACCACAGUCAUUGUUUACCUCUGUGACCCUCUCUAGUGACUGUCUUAAACCCAAAAAACACAAACUGCCUUGACUGAUCAGUUUCCAGACAGCUAGCAAUCACAGCAUCAGAUGUGGAAAUUCUAGUAGACUUAACAUAGAUGUUUGUUUUCAUACAGCAGAUAAAAGGCUUUUAAACAAAAGGUUUCAAAGAAAUAUGUCUCUGUAGUUUAUGACUAUGUUAAAUAUUCCAGAAAGGGACAGCUAUAAGAAUAGGACUUUUGGCUGGGUGCAGUGGCUCACACCUGUAAUCCUGGCACUUUGGAAGGCCAAGGUAGGAAGAUCACUUGAGCCUAGGAGUUUGAGGCCACCCUGGGCAAAAUAGUGAGAUCCCAUCUCUACAAAAAAAAUUUUUUUAAUUACCCAAGUGUGAUGCCACAUGCAUAUAAUCUCAGUUACUUGGGGGGACUAAGGUGGGCUGAUCAGUUGACCCUAGGAGGUCAAGGCUGCAGUGAACCAUCAUUGUACCACUGCAUUCCAGUCUGGGCAACACAGCAAGACCCUGCCUCAAAAAAAAAAAAAAAAAAAAGAAUAGAACUUUGGCCUAAGGGUUUUUGCCUAAAAUAAAAUCACCUCUGUUACCAGUCUGGGCAUUUGUUAAGCCUGGGAAGAAAACUUCUUAAAUAGAUCAAAUUCUAGACAACUAGCUAUCU